AUGGAUUUUAAUCCUAGCAAUAUUGAAGCUCUCAAAGACCUUUUAUGCGGUGACGAAGACGAGCAAAGCCCAUACUCUAACUUUUCAUCAGGAAGCGCAUUAAAUCCCGGCGUCAUUGGAGGCGGCCAAAAAGAAAUGGCUCCUCCCAAUGCAAAAAUCGAAGCCAAAGUGAAUAGACCUUCCAAAAAUGACAUCUGGCAAGCUGAAGAAGUAAAUAAUGUGCAAGCUGAAAAAAGUGACGACAGACCUGAGCCUGAAUACGAAAUCCUUUAUCAACAAAGAGUAGGCACCGAAGACGUUUACCUUGGGCUCAGCGAUUUAGAUACUUCUUCUCGGCAAUGCCAAGAUUUAAUUUUAAAAAUAAAACUCCCCAAUACCAGAUUCAAAGAUAUUGGCUUAGAUGUGGAUCCUCAGACAGUCAGACUUCAAGCACCUAAUUACAAAUUAACAUUGCCGCUUCCACAUGCUGUUUUAGACAAGCAAGGGAGUGCAAAAUGGGAAACAAACAAAGACCUGCUAACUGUGAAUUUGCCAAUAGACAAAAAUGAUAUCCCAUUAUAG